AGCAGAAUCCCUCCAGUUCUCGGUGGAGGAGCAAGAAGACUUAUUUUUUAAAUUUCUAGGUAAUUUGGUGUAUCUAAUGUUGGUCUGGGGCUCACCUGAGGUGCACGUGCAGAUGGAGCUGCUGUUCUUAAGGCUGUAGCGCCUGUUUGCUCUGAGAUAUCGCAAUGUUUUCCUCCAACAUGGAAACAAAAAGAGUGGAGAUCCCGACCGGAAUGCUGGACGACCUCUGCAGCCGCUUCAUCCUGCACAUCCCCAGCGAGGAGAGGGACAACGCUAUCCGGGUGUGUUUCCAGAUCGAGCUCGCCCACUGGUUCUAUCUGGACUUCUGCAUGCAGAACACUCCCGGAGCUCCUCACUGUGGGAUCAGAGACUUCGCCAAAGCAGUGUUCCAUCACUGUCCGUUCCUGCUGCCUAAUGGAGAAGACGUCCAGAAGAUCCUGGAGCAGUAGAAGGAGUACAAAGUGCCUACUUUUGGAGCCAUCAUUCUGGAUGAAUCUCUAGAAAACGCUCUGCUGGUUCAGGGAUACCUCGCUAAGUCCGGCAGAGGCUUUCCAAAGGGGAAAGUUAAUGAGGAUGAAGCUCCUCACGACUGUGCCGUGCGAGAAGUGCUGGAGGAGACGGGCUUCGACAUAAAGAAUCUUAUUUCCAAAGACGUGUUCCUCGAGCAGAAGAUUACAGACCAGGUGGUUCGGCUCUACAUCAUCCCCGGGGUGUCGCAGGACACAAAGUUCAACCCACGGACGAGGAAGGAGAUCAGGAACAUCGAGUGGUUUCCUAUUGAGAAGCUGCCAUGUCACAGGAACGACAUGACGCCAAAGUCUAAACUCGGACUCGCCCCCAACAGAUUCUUCAUGGCCAUUCCCUUCAUAAGGCCGCUGAGAGAAUGGAUCAAAAAGCUGAGGGUGAACAUCAACGUACCGAUGAAGACGGAGCAGAAACAGGAGCAGGAGACGACCCACAAGAACAUUGAAGAGGACCGGAAGAUUCUCAUCCAGGCGGCCAUAGUGCGGAUCAUGAAGAUGAGGAAGGUCCUGAAGCACCAAGUCCCAGUCAUCAAGAAAUGCAUCGACAUCCUGAUCGAAAAGGAGUACCUGGAGAAAGUGGACGGAGAGAAGGACACGUACAGCUACCUGACCUGA